CUUUUACCGCAAAAAUGUCUAAAGAUCAUGCGUUAACGCAUAGUGAAAAUAGAUUUAAAGUUUGUUUGUUUUGUUUUAAAAAGAAAAAAGCUAUGUUCCCAAUUAAAGACAAAUUAAAACUUGUUGUUUUAAGCCUAUUUGCGGAUUAUGAUGUUGAAGAAAAAAGUUUGCCUGUAGCCUUAUGUAGUUCCUGCAAGAUUAAAAUAUAUAAAGCAAAACAUGGUUCUGGGAGAAUGGAACUGAAGCUUCCCAUUUUGUCUGAUGAUGAGAAACAAAAGAGAGCAACACGAUCCCAAGAUGUUACAAAAUGUAGUUGUAAACUGUGUCAAAUCGCUCGAGCCGUACCGGCAAAUAUUGCUCAAGCAACACAUGAUUUUAUAACAGAACAACACAAAAAAGAAAUGGUUGUUUCUUCGUCGGUGGAAAAACGGUGUAGUGUCUGUUGUACUAUUCUAGCAAGAGGAAAACAACAUGUUUGCAACAAAGUUUCUCUAGUGCAGAAUAUUUCUGGAUACUUGUCAGCCCUGGAUGAAAAAUCUCAAAGCCAGGUAAUUUCAAGUGCCCUUAAACGUAAAGUAAGCGACACUGGGUUAUCAGAUUUAAGUUUAGUGCAAUCUCACGGUGGCCAACCAUUAAAGAUUAAAGUCGGUGGCAAAGAAAACUGUAUAAAUGCUCCAAACCAAUCUUUAAUUUCUGCAAAUGAUAUCCAGUCAAUUCAAACUAACUUGAACCUGAGUUACAGAAAAAAAAUUGAAAUUGCAUCAGUUAUACGUUCUGCUUCCAAAAAUAAGACAAUUAUAGAAAGUGGGUACAAAGCAAAACUCGAGAGAAACACACAUUUAGCUGAUGGGUUUUUCACAUAUAAAGAAUUUAAAUUUGUAAAACAUAAAACAAGUAUAUCAUCCGAUGAUCCUGAAGUGGUUGUAUAUUGUACAGAUGUAAAAUCCUUUAUAGAUUUUAUCAAACAGCGGAGAAAUAUCAAAAAUACUCAUUUAAAGUUAGGCAUAGACGGCGGCGGAGGAUUUCUAAAAAUAUGCUUGUCGAUCCAGGAAAUCUCAAACAAUGGUUGUGAGACAGCUUCUUCUAAAAGCGUUAUUGCCUACAAACAGUUCAAGGACACUGGGGUGAAAAAAGUAUUUAUCUUGGCAAUAUCACAGAGUACCCAAGAAAAUUACGAGAAUGUGUGUGUGUGGUCGGCAUUGAAUAUAUCUACUUUUGAUGAAACCAUUGCAACGGACUUGAAGUUGGCAAAUAUUUUAGUUGGUAUAAUGUCCCACAGCAGUUCUUACCCAUGCACGUGGUGUUACGCAAGAAGUGACGAACUCGAAACUUGUGGAGAGCUUAGAACAACUAAAAAUAUUUUGGAAAAUUAUGAAAAUUGGAUUAAAUCAGGCACUAUUAAGAAUAAUGCAAAGUUCUACAAAAAUUGUAACAAUCCACCAUUGUUUUCAUGUGCUCAAGAAACUCCUGUUCUACAGAUAAUUCCUCCACCAGAGCUACACUUGAUGUUGGGGGUGGUUAACACUUUAUUCGGACAUAUGAUGAAAGAAUUUGAGGCCGAAUCUCUUGCAUGGGCAAAAGCGUGUCAUGCCCAACGCGAAGUUACCCAUGGAGGGCAUGGAUUCAAAGGAAAUUCGUGCAGAAGAUUACUAAGCAACGUCGAUGUGCUACGUGCGAAAAAAAAAUUAGGCUUGCUCAAAUAUGUCAAAGCUUUCGAAGACUUUAAUGAAGUAGUAAAGGCAUGUUUUGGAAAUAAUCUAGAUGAAAACUUUGCUACUUAUAUCAACAUAUUUAAGCAAAGUUUUUUGGACUUGGAUAUUAAAAUUACACCAAAAGUUCAUGCAGUUUUUUACCACAUCACUCAGUUUUGUAAAGAAAACAAUAUGGCAUUAGGUUUUUUUAGCGAACAAGCUAUGGAAUCUAUCCAUUUCGAUUUUAAAGCAACUUGA